GAGGGAGGGGCCGGGACGCCGGCGCGUCGGUGCCGACGGUCUCCAGGAGGGAGUGAGGAGGAGGAAGAGGAGGAGGUGAGCUCCUCUGGCCUGAUGUGCAGCUGGUGGGAAGAGAGAAGCUGGUGGCCUUCCUUUGUUCCAUCUGUACCUUUGAAAGGACUUCACUGAAUGCAGUACAUGGCAGGCAAAGCAGAAGAAGCUGUUGAUCCAUUUAGACUACCUUUACUUCUUGCUUUCCAUUUUUUCAACAUGUGUGGGGAUGAUUUGAUCAGUGUAAUUACCACCUGGGGAGACUUGGCUUGCUCUAGAAACCCCUUCAGAUUGAAGAAUGCUACUACACUCAGAAAAUUGCACUUUGAAAUCUGUCCAUUGGACUGAAGCAGGAUGGAUUGGAGGAAGUGCUGCUCACCACUGAGAUCCACGGUCAUGAUUCCCAAACUGCUUUGGUGAAGACCUGUGAAGCAGCACCACCUGGUAUUCUACUGCUCCCAGUUUUUAAUGCAGUAACUUCUGAAUUCAUCAGGCAACCUGUACUGAAUUGAUGAGAAGAGUAGGUGCUACAGGAAAUAACAUACUUUCAGCUACUCACAUGAAAUCUGUGCCAAGGACUCUAUAUUUUUAAGCUAUUUCAGACAGUUCUGAAGUACUUGGAAAAUGAGUGUCCUUCUCAUUGAACCCUUUUAUGGUGGCUCCCACAAACAGCUGAUGGAUCUUCUCCAGGAAGAGCUACAAGAAGAUUGUGUCCUCUGCACACUCCCAGCCAAGAAGUGGCAUUGGAAGGCACGGACUGCUGCUCUUUAUUUCAUGCAAACAGUGCCAACAAGUUCUAGUUACAGGAUCCUCUUUGCAAGCUCGGUGCUUAACCUGGCUGAACUCGCUGCCCUCCGCCCUGACCUUGGCAAAUUGAAAAAGGUCCUCUACUUCCAUGAGAACCAAUUGGCAUAUCCUGUCCAGAAAUGCCAGGAAAGGGAUUUUCAGUAUGGAUACAACCAGAUCCUUUCAUGUUUGGUUGCUGAUGUUGUGGUGUUCAACUCUGCUUUUAAUAUGGAAUCCUUUCUUAAAUCCAUUGGAAAAUUUAUGAAGCUGAUUCCUGACCACAGACCUAAGGAUUUGGAAAAAAUAAUCAGACCGAAGUGCCAAGUUCUUUAUUUUCCAGUCAGGUUUCCUGAUGUGAGCAGGUUCAUGCCAGAGCAUAAACUUGCCCAUUUGGAGAAGGUAAUUGGUGUUAAAAGGAAUGGAGAUGCUUAUCAGUCAGAGGGGCUGCCUGGCCAGCAGGAGAGCAGAGCUGUAAUGAAAACCAGUGAUGCACAUCCUGAGUCUGGACUUUGUGAGCCCCAGCCUGGACUCUGCACCACACAGCACGAGGGGCUGGCCUCCCCACCAGCAGCCCCAGCCCAGGCUGAAGCACCAGAAAGUACAAAUCCUUGUCAAGGGGAAGAUAAGCAAGGUCUGACUUUUAACCUCUCUAAUAUCUUGAGUGGACUGGACUAUCAGCAAAGACCUCUGCACAUUGCCUGGCCUCACAGGUGGGAACACGACAAAGAUCCUGAAACUUUCUUUAAAGUCCUGAUGAAGCUGAAAGAGCAAGAUGUGCCUUUCCAAGUGUCUGUCCUUGGAGAGACUUUCAGUGAAAUUCCAGAUAUCUUUUCAGAGGCCAGGGAGGUGUUGGGAUCGUCCGUCUUGCACUGGGGGUACUUGCCCAGCAAGGAUGAUUAUUUCCGAGCUCUGUGCACGGCCGAUGUUGUCAUCUCCACAGCCAAACACGAAUUCUUUGGCGUGGCAAUGAUCGAGGCUGUGCAUUGUGGCUGUUACCCGCUGUGUCCCAAAGCCUUGGUGUACCCAGAGAUAUUCCCAGCUGAAUAUCUGUAUUCUACACCUGAACAGCUUUUUAAAAGGCUUCAGAAUUUCUGCAAGAGACCAGAUAUUGUAAGGAGACAUCUCUAUAAGGGCGACACGGCCGGGUUUUCUUGGGCAGCGCUCGGCAGUAAAUUCAGGUCUCUGCUCGCAGCAGAACCGAGGGAAGAUUUGUGACAGAUGGGGCUAAGUCACAAACUUGCAGCCUCAGGCAGAAUUGUGGAAGUUUCCAGAGUGUGCCCAUAUUUACCUGAUCAGAGAGAAAAGAAAAUCUGCAGAGGAAGCCGAGCCUGGCUGCUUGUCAUAGCUGACACAGAGCCAUCUGCCACAAACCUGUGGCGGCUUCAGAUCUCCAAUCCCUGCCACCACCCCAGCUCAAAUUAAAUACAGAUUCUUAGAGACGUUAUGAUGGUUACACAUGUCCUCGGCAUCACAUGCAGGAGACUGUUCAAAAAAAAUAUGUGGCCUGUUGUGUAACCGCACUCAUGUAUCCCAUAUGUGGUGCCACAUUGAAUUUCCGGUUGAAUCUGUUUUUAUCCUUUGUACUGGAUGACAUGGUGCCUGAAUUCUUUCUUUUCGCCGACACGAUGGCAGCCAAGCUGCAGCUUCAAACGCUCACACUUGGCUGAGUUUCUACCUAGGUUGCCAGGUUAUCAUUGGAGCCUUAUUGUGUCCUCAAAGGGCCACAGGGCCUGAAAGGAGGAUCCGAAUGCUGCAGGACUAAUUGGGCAGCCAUCUCCGGGUUGUUGGGAGGCAAAGGGCUGCUUGAGCACUUCUCUCUCUCUCUUUUUCCUUUUUUUUCUUUUUUUUUUUUUUUUUUUUUUUUUCUUUUCCUUUUUUUAUUGCAAAUUAAUGACUCUCUGGCAAAGGGGUUUUUAAGUGAAGGUAUUAAUAAGGGGUCUGGCAGGUAAUCCCAUGAUUCGUGGAGUUACAUUUGCAUUUAAUUAAUCUUAAAGAAAGCUGAAAGAUAAACAGCUGUAAUUCAAACUAGCAUGGGAAAUAUGCUACAUGGUGCCAUCUAUCCGAUAAAAUGAAAGCUGAGACACUUGUUUUAUUUCUCUCAAGGAUGGAGAACAAACAGAUAACAAUCAAAAUACUUCCAAUAAAAACCAGUAGUUUAAAUGUAAUGGCAGUUCAUCAAGAAUCUUUGCAUCCAGUUGCAAAUACAGUCUUUUAAAGAUAAAUCACUUAUGAUUCCAACAGUCAAGCCGCAAUAUUUGUUGAUGUAAAAUGUUUUGAAGAUGUAGAUUGUACAAUAAAUUUUUAAUAAAGUGCCCACUGCAAUUUUUAAUUAGCAUAUCUCAUUCAUGUAUAAGUGUGUACAUCUAUCUGUAUGUUUAUCUCCAUGCAUAUCCUUGUGUCAGAGUCAAUGAAUGCAAUUGUGUCUUUAUCUGAUGAAGUAGAAUUUGGUUUGCAAGUGAUAAUAAAACCUUAUGGCAAUCCCAAGAUUUUCAACUCUGCUCUGG